UCCAGUCCCAAAUAAAUAAAGAGGCACAGAAGGAUGUGGGGGAAAGAGAGAAGUUGCUGCUUUAGGAAGAACAAUGUUGUUGCUACCCAACCUUCUUUAUAUCCUGCCUGCUUUUGAGAACGUGUAAGGAUUAAAGGCGCGUGGCAGCGCUUACACAGGGAUUUCUACACCACAAAAGGAUGCUCAGUUCUCCCUCCUCUCCUGCUGAAGCCACAGAAGAGAGGACUACUGUAGAUAACUUGUCUCCUCCUGUCUCAGCGCUACCUGCCUAACAGUCAGCUCUGCGCAGCCACCAGAGGCAAUGACAGCCUUGCUGCUCUAGAGCCCCAUGGAGCGCAGUCCGCCGCUGAAUUCCACGCUUUUGUAGAUAUACAUUCUAAGAAAUUCGUUCUUAGAAGCCAAACCGAGAGAAAAUAAACACUGGCUGCUCACCAGCUCUAUGGUUUUCUGACUUGUCCAAGAUUGUGAUUUUUGGCAUCUGACUAAGAGAUGACCCAAGAACAGUGUACUCAUAGGAACAAUGUCCAGAGCUCAGAGAAACCACAUGUGUACAAAGUGGGGAUUUACGGCUGGCGGAAACGUUGCCUUUACUUCUUCGUGCUCCUGUUAAUGAUCCUGAUCCUGGUCAACCUUGCUUUAACCAUCUGGAUACUAAAGGUCAUGAACUUCACCAUUGAUGGUAUGGGCAACUUAAGAAUAACAGAGAAGGGCCUGAAACUGGAGGGAGACUCUGAGUUUCUCCAACCUCUGUAUGCCAAAGAAAUUCAGUCCAGACCAGGCAGCCCACUGUUACUGCAAUCCUCCAAAAAUGUGUCCAUCAAUAUCCUCAAUGGGAAGAAUCAGCUGGUCACACAACUUAUUGCAGGAUCCAGUGGAGUGCAUGCACGAGGGAAGAUGUUGGAAGUGAAAUCUAGCACAGGGAAGCUGUUGUUCUCUGCUGAUGACCAGGAGGUGGUGGUGGGAGCAGAGAGGCUACGGGUGACAGGUGCCGAGGGAGCCGUGUUCAGCAACUCUGUGGAGACGCCACACGUCAGGGCCGAGCCCUUCAAAGAGCUACGACUGGAGUCUCCCACGCGGUCUCUGUACAUGGAGGCCCCUAAAGGAAUCCAGAUCCUAGCAGAGGCAGGGGACAUCCAGGCCACAUGUAGAAGUGACCUACGCCUAGAGUCCAAAGACGGAGAGAUCACUCUGGAUGCACAGAGGAUCAGGCUGCUGCGUCUGCCGGAGGGCAAGGCCUCUCCCUCGGGGAGCACUUCCAGACAGACUGUCUAUGAGGUGUGCGUCUGCCCCAACGGGAAACUCUUCCUCUCACAGGCCGGGACAGGCUCCACCUGCCAAAUCAGCAACAAUGUCUGCCUCUAGAACACAUACACACACACAAACAUGCACACACACAUACACACACACACACAUAGAAAUAUUUGCACAUACACACA